AUGUUCGGGGCUCCCGAGUCUACUCCCCCAAAGGUGUCCCCUAAAGGGACACUGCACCCGCCUCCCGUAAGACCCCCGGGCCCCCGCCUUCGGCUCUGUGACCGGGUCUCCCGCCUCCAGCUUACAGAAACUGCCUGCAGGAGCUGGAAGGGGUUCGGGACCUGGUUUCCCUUCUGCAGAGGUAAAGAAUCUUGCCCCUUCUCUCCCGGGUGGGCCUCUCAGAGCCUCCGGUGGGACCCCAGGGCUGCAGGGGGCAGGGGGAGCCCUGGGGACAGAGAUCGGAUAGGGCCCCAGGGGGAGGGACGGCGGGAGCGCUGUGAAGUGGGUGCGGGGGCCCGGAGGGCGGUGAUGGCCAUGCCCGGCCCUGUCUGCUCCCGGCUGCAGCGCGUGCCUCGUGUCUCCCGCAGCCACUUGGGGCGGCUCUCUGACCAGGGAGGCCUUCAGCAGCUCUUGGGGCAAGAAGCCCCUGGGGCCAAGGGCAAAGCAGCACCUGCCGGAGCCCAUCAGCCCCGCGGGGCGCCUGUGAGAGAUGCCGCGCCCGCCAGGGCCCCGCCGGCGUCCCCCACUCUCAGCCAACACCCUCCACGCCUGGCCUCCAUCCUACCAGUAGGACCUCAAGAAGACCAAUCUAACUUAAAGAGAACCCCAGCAGACACAGUCAGAGAGAGCUCACCUCCAGGCAAUUCCCAUUUGGCACCUCUCGUUCCAGCCGUCUCAGGCCUUGGCCAUGCAAGCUACCCCAUCUUGUCCUUGUCCUGGUGGUGGGAAAGCACCAAGUCCUGGUUCUUCCCCAUCUGGGCACAGCGCGAGUGCCACCAACAACACCUGACCUGCCACCCAAAAGAGGCCUUGUCCUGGGGUGGCCCUUCCAAAAGGCAGAUAGAGACUCGUAACCCCUCAUUUGUCAACCCGGACGUCCAGAAACUGCUGGAGAUACUCAUCACCAAAAGGGCAGAACAGAAGAUUUGGAAGGAGAAAGAAAGGGAUGGGUCAGUUGUGAAGCAGUUGGACUCAGACAACCCCUUGAACUUUGGGGGGACUUUGUGGAAGUUGCUGGGUGCUGAGCAGGACACCACAACCCCACGAUCCUUCUGGCACCGGAAAAACAAACUCGAGAAGCUGCCCAGUCCUCGGCGGCUGUCAUUCCCCAAGGUCUUGGAGGGCAACUCACAGCAGAAAUGCAGCCAGCUCUUCUGGGGUCUCCCCUCUCUGCACAGUGAGUCCCUCAAGUCCCCUGCCUUGGCCUCUAGUUCUCAGCUACACGUUCCCUCUGUUUUGUUCAAUGUUAUCUCUAAUUGCUUGCCAAUUCUAAUUCAGCAGCAAAUAUCUUCACAGUUUCCCCCUGCCCCACCCUUGCCCUGCCGUGGGAUCCAGCCCCAACCCUCCACGCCAACCGUGUCCCAGCCCCAGGCCCACCUUGCACCCUCUGUCCCAAUCAGACCUCCUUCUCCUCCACCCCAGAUGAGGACCUAUGGGAUAUCUGGCCCUCCAUCCCAGAAGAAGACCCCAUCUUUUAUUCCAACUGAAAUUCAACCUCGGGAACAGCCCUUGUUGCAAAAGCAACCAGAAGGGGAAAGGACGUUACCCUUAGUGCUGAAAAUAUCUCCCAAAUUCUUAAGCAGUAUCCCUCCUAAGCUUCUCCAGGACAGCCAGGCCUCUGAGGUCCACGAGUCAGUUUCCAUCUUUCACAGGGAUUUUGUCAUCUGUGAUAUCCAGAAGCAAAACCUUCAAAGGAGGCUUAGCAAGGAUAAACACCAGGGCAGUCUGGCCCACAGGGUCCAAGUGUCUCUGGACCCGAUGUGGCCUCAGGGUGAAUUCCCAAGGGUGAGUCAGGCACAGGACAAGCAGGGGCUCUCAAGGUCCUUUGCAUCUAAAUCCAAAAGCAGCCAGGCCACACAGAGGACCAGGUCCAGACACCCUAGAAGUUCCCGUAGGAAGGGCCGAGCAAGGUUUCAACUAAAGGACAACUUUGGUAUGGGUCUACAGCGAUGUCUGAGAAGGAUCCCAACAGAUCUCUCCAGGGUCUCAGCCAACUUCCCAGUGAAGGUUCCAGGAACUAGCUCUGAGAAGGAGUUAGAAAGAUACUUGAUGAGGACCUUGAAGAGGGACUCAGGAAAAUACUUGACUAGGACCCCAGAUAAGAAACGUGUAGAAAAAACCUUGAAAGUUCAUUUGCGCAAGAAAUUGGGACAGAUCAGCGAGGGUUUGAUCCCCGUGAGUGUACGUCGAUCCUGGCUUGUGGCCAACCAUAUUUUGCCCAAGUGCCACACUCACACGGAAAUCAGAAAUUCAGCACCCUUGAAGGGUCGGAAACCCUGCGUAAACACCUCCCAUGAGCUGUCUUUCCUUAAUUCGCUCACUCAACAGAUGCUGGAAGCACACAUCAUAAGGUUUCGGGUGAAGCAUAAGUGGGGCCCACCCCUCCAAGCCUUUGAGUCCAUAAAUCUCAAGCCAUAUGAAGCUCAACCCUUGCCCUUUCCCCGGUCCCCGUCUCCCUGCUUGGCCACCUGUGUAUCUGGGGCCCACUCAAAAGCCAAGUUCUACAAGUUCCUGGGAAAACCUCCUCAGCCCUAUCCGGGAGAAAAGGGGAUAGCAGACGAGUCUCUUCCCACCUCAGGGAGUUCCCUGCCUGCCCCCUCACCCCCAUCUGAGGAAAUCCAGAAAUCCCUGGAAGGGACCUCACCAGGUGACAGCCAUGAGCCCUCGGAGGCCCCUUUACCUGGACAGGAGGGCAGCUCACCUUCUCCGACCUUCACACUCAGCCUCAUAAACAGAACCCCUCAGAGUGAGACAGUUAUGGGGGCCAAGAAAGGCAAUCUGGAGCCAAGUCUAAGUUCAGAAAUAGCCAGGAAUGAGCUAAGGGCAAAAAGGGGGGCUCAGGCUUCACGAGAGAAUGUAGCAAUACUGGAGAUGAAGUCCAGGUCCCAAUCUUCAGGAGCUGAAGAGGCCAGGGAGACGAUGGAGGCUGAGAAGGCCCCUGCUUGGAAAGUCAUCUUAGGACCCAGGGUGCUGGCCAACAGUCAAACCAGUUAUGUGGCUCGGAGGAGAUUGGGGUCUCCAGGGACUAGUAAAAGCCCCUCACCACCUACAGAGUUGGUUGCCCAAGAGCCAAAGGAACCAAUCCUUAAAACAAAGGUGGCUAUUAAGUUUGGGCUCCAAGAGAAGGAAGAGUCAGAGGGCCAGCCUCAAGGCUGUGCCACUGGUGUACUUCUUCAAGGUUCUCCCCGUAACAUCGCCCUUCAAGACUUUGCCACCGGCAUUCUUGUCCAAGACCGUGACACCGGUGCGCUCCUGCAAGACUCUCACACUGAUGUUUUCCUUGCUGAAGACAUCUUGAAGUCACCCUCCGGUUCCCAGGGUCAAUAUUCCAGCAGGGACACACCAGCUUCCCUGGUGCCAGAAACUGACCUGAUAUCCAGCCGACCAAGCAGCCAGGGGCAGCAGGAGCCCAGUAUACCAAAAGCCGAUGAGCCACGUAAGAGCCAGAGCAAGAUGACUGCCUCCACCGGUGAGAGAAAAGACCAGAAGAGUCCCAAACUAGAAGGGAAUGAAAAAGGGUUUGUAGAACUGAGGGCUUCCCAAGCCAGUAGGCUGAGCCACCCUCCCCAGGUUACAGGAACAGGGGACAGCCUUGGGAGCAAAUGCCUCCAGCCCGUGCCAGAAAAGGGACAGAUUUUUCCAGAAAGCCACUUUAGAAAAAAGAUGAGGUACUUUCUGCAUUAUCUUCAUCUCAAUAAAAAAGGCAAAGGACUGGAAGAUCCCCUUCAAAAAGGCAAUCCUGCAUCAGCCACUGUCCAGGGCCGAGGACCAGUAAGAAGCAGAUCGGUGGGGGGCGGCAAAGCUGUUGAAACUCAGACGAUUGUGACAACUGUGGGACAGAUCCUGGUGCAGAAACUGGGACUCCACCAAGGACUUCAUGCCUCAGAGGUAAAUCAGCACAGAACUCCAGGGCCCAGUGGGUUCCCCUACCCAGACCAGAGGAGGGAGAUGAGAGAGACGGCCUCCAAUCACCAGGCCACCCCCAAGUCCCACAGCUGUCCUAACAAGAGCCAACGAACCAGAGACAGGGAUGGCAGGCCAACCUUCCCACCGAGGGAGCCAGGGUUCCCAAGCGGGCCCUGCCACCAUAAGCCGAUGGUGGCAGGAGCCUCAGAUCACGUCCACCGUCACCCAGUAUGCAGUCUUCAAAAAUGUGGCUCAUCCCAUCAAGCAGCGGGUGCUUCUCACGCCUUUCCUGGUAGGAAAGCUUUUCUUCAAGAAAAAAUUGAGUAUAUGCAGAGAAAGCCUGUUUUUUCUCAGGGUAGCACAUCCUCUAUGUGCUAA